AUGCAGUUCUCUAGUGUGCUUUGCGCCGCCAUCGUGGCUUAUACUGCUUCGGCGGACACAGUGAAGUGGGAUAGCGGUUACGACCUGGCAGAUCGGUCCAUGGCAGAUGUGUCCUGCUCUGACGGCAAAUACGGACUUUUGCCCAAGUACAAGACUCAGGGUAAACUGCCCAACUUCCCGAACAUUGGUGGCGCGGCAGCCAUUUCGGGCUGGGGCUCGCCAAACUGCGGCAGUUGCUGGAGAUUGGAUUACGAGGGACAUAGCGUCAAGAUUCUGGCUAUUGAUCAUGCGGGUGAGGGUUUCGUCAUUGGGCUGACUGCUAUGAAUGCACUUACGAAUGGACGGGCUCAAGAGCUUGGUCAUGUUGAUGCUAAAGUCUCACCAUUGACCCCCAAGGACUGUGGGCUGUAA